AUGCCAAACGCCGCAACUUCAUCAAAGGUUGCAAAGAGGGACAGCGAGAGUUCUUCAUCAUUCUUCUCAACAUCCAAAUAUUUUGAUGAAGUUUUUAGAUCUCAUUUAGGAUUAAUCAGAUAUUUGAUAAUGAAAGGGCAAGAGGAGAGAGAUAUAUGCCGGAAAGGCAUUCGGACCUACAGAGAUGAUUUGAAUCUCGAGAGAGGAGAUGAAAUUUCGCCUGCACUUUCGAGAGCAAUUGAGGAAUCAAUGAUUUCAAUAGUCGUCUUCUCGAAAGAGUAUGCUUCUUCUAGCUGGUGCUUGAAUGAGCUCUUGCAUAUUCUCAAAUGCAAGAAUGAAGAGGGUCAAAUUGUUUUAUCCGUCUUUUACAACAUCGAUCCGUCGGAUAUUAGGAAACAGAAAGGGCGUUAUGCUAUUGCCUUUGCUGCACACAAAAAACGUUUUGGGCCGAAAAAAGUGGAGGAGUGGAGAAAUGCUUUAACUGUUGCAGCUGAUCUAUCUGGCUUUCAUUCACAAGAUCAGUAUGAGACGGAAUUAAUUGAGAAGAUUGUUAAAGAUGUAUUGAGGAAAUUAAAUCGAUUGCCACAAAUUAGUAUUGCUACAAAGGGACUUGUUGGAAUAGAUCAACAACUUGAGGAAAUUGAAUCCUUGUUAUGCUUUGGAUUACCAAAUCCUCGUGUCAUAGGCCUUUGGGGGCUUGGUGGUAUAGGCAAGACUACUCUUGCCAUUGAAAUUUUCAAUCGAUUCUCUUAUCGAUUUGAAAAUUGCUGCUUUCUUGAGAAUGUUAGGAAAAAUUCAGAAAAGCGUGGACUGCCUUACCUAGAAAUCAAACUUUUUUCGAAUCUACUGGAGGAAAGAGAUCUAGAAAGUCCAGCCAACAGCUCUGUGAGAAAUAGGCUCCACAAUAAAACGAUGCUCAUUGUUCUUGAUGAUGUUGAUAAUAUAAGGCAGCUGGACUGUUUGUUAGGAGGUGGCAGUUGGUUUGGCCCAGGAAGUAAAGUCAUCAUGACGACUAGAGAUGCACAACUCCUUAAAAAGUAUGCCGAUGAAAUACACCAAGUUAAGCCAUUAGAUUUCGAGAAAGCACUUGAACUCUUUUAUUUGAAUGCCUUUAAAACAAAGCCCUCCAUUACACGUUUCAUUGAAUUGUCGGAAGCAAUAGUAACUUAUACCGGAGGCAAUCCUCUUGCUCUGAAAAUUUUAGGUUCCUCCCUUCAUUCUCAAGCCGUAGAAUAUUGGGAACACACAUGGAAUAAGCUAAAAAUAAUUCCCCAUUCAGACGUUCAAAAGGUGUUGAAAAUAAGUUAUGAUGGGCUAGAUGAUAAGGAGCGGGAUAUUUUCCUUGAUAUUGCAUAUUUUCUUAAAGGGGAGAGAAGAGAUUUUAUAGAGAGCAUACUAGAUAAUUGUGGUUUGUUUCCACGUUUGGGGAUUGAAGUUCUCAUAAACAAGUCUCUCAUUACCAUUUUUAAGGGCAAAGUUCGGAUGCAUGAUUUGAUACAAGAGAUGGGUUGGGAAAUUGUUCGCCAACAAUCUAUUAAAGAUCCUGGUGAGCGUAGCCGGUUGUGGAUUCCUCACGACGUCUAUAAUGUUCUAAAAAACAACAGAGGAACCAGAGCAAUCGAAGGAAUAUACCUUGACAUGUCUAUGAUUGAUGAUGAUCUACACUUGAAACCUACAGUUUUCAACGAGAUGCAUAGACUGAGAUUGCUCAAGAUAUACAUUGCAAAUCAUUCUGAUGAUCAUAAAUUCAAAAUAUAUCUUACUGAAGGUCUGCAGUUUCUUCCUCCUUCCUUAAGAUAUCUUUGCUGGUAUAGCUACCCAUUAAAAUCUUUGCCAUCGAAUUAUGAGGGGGAAUAUCUCGUUGAACUUGACAUGCCCUGUAGCGAGCUUAAGCAACUUUGGAGUGGUGUACAGAAUCUUAGAAAUUUGAAGCGUAUUAAUCUUGAUCCUGGUGAGCGUAGCCGGUUGUGGAUUCCUCAAGACGUCUAUAAUGUUCUAAAAAACAACAGAGGAACCAGAGCAAUCAAAGGAAUAUACCUUGAUAUGUCUAUGAUUGAUGAUGAUCUACACUUGAAACCUACUGUUUUCAACGAGAUGCAUAGACUGAGAUUGCUCAAGAUAUACACUGCAAAUCAUUCUGAUGAUCAUAAAUUCAAAAUAUAUCUUACUGAAGGUCUGCAGUUUCUUCCUCCUUCCUUAAGAUAUCUUUGCUGGUAUAGCUACCCAUUAAAAUCUUUGCCAUCGAAUUAUGAGGGGGAAAAUCUUGUUGAACUUGACAUGCCCUGUAGCGAGCUUAAGCAACUUUGGAGUGGUGUACAGAAUCUUAGAAAUUUGAAGCGUAUUAAUCUUGGUUAUUCCAAGCAACUGAUCAAACUUCCAGAUCUAUCUCGAGCUCCAAAGCUUGAAAGUAUUAAUCUUGAGGGCUGUAGAAAUUUAGUUGAAGUUCCUCCUCUCAAUUUCCAAGGAUUUUUUGGAUCUCUUACACUAUGUGGUUGCAUUAAGAUUAAAUCACUCCCAAAGAUAUCAGGGAAUAUCAACUACUUGAAUUUAGACUUGACUGGAAUAAAAGAAUUGCCCUUAUCAAUUAGGCGUUUUGAAAGUCUUGUGGAAUUGAGCCUUCGUGGUUGUCAACAUAUCAAGAAUCUUCCAGCAACUACUUUUCCGAGAAAUAUACAAGUUUUAAAUUUGAGCGACUUGUCAAUAAAACAAGUGCCCUUAUCAAUUGAGUUGUUAGAAAAUCUUGUGGAAUUGAGCCUCGAAGGUUGUCAACAUAUCAAGCAUCUUCCAGCAGUUCUUCCGAGAAAUCUGGAAAUAUUGAAUUUACGAAACUCAUCAAUAGAACAAGUGUCUUCGUUGUCAAUUGAGGGUCUUGAUUGUCUAAGGGAAUUUUAUCUUGGAGGAUGCAAAAUGCUUGAGAAUCUAAGCGGGAACCCAUUUGAGAAUAUACCAUCAAGCAUCAUAAAACUUCAUCGGCUGAGAAUACUCGACAUUAAAAAUUGCAAGAAGCUCCGAUCUUUGCCACAACUUCCAUCGUCUGUUACGCAUCUUGAUGCAAGUGGAUGUACUUCUCUGGAGACAAUAUCAAGUUCGGGGUGCUGGAAACUAGGAUUCAACAUACAGCAUGUGACUCGCCCUUUCAUUUCCAAAACAUUUUCGUUCCGAAAUUGCUGGAAACUAGAACGGAAUGCACGUAGCAUUUUAAUUGAUUUCUUAUACGGAGUUGAUAAAUUGAAUUUGGAAGGAAGACGUCAUACAAUUGAAGUAUGUUAUCCGGGAAAUGAAAUUCCAAAGUGGUUCAGGCAUCAAGACGAGGGGAUUUCAACAACUAUGAAGCUUCCCCAUGGUUGGCAUAAUUCUAAUUUUAUGGGUUUUGCCAUUUGCAUUGUUGCUCCACUAAUCCCAGCAGGCGCAGGCUCCAAUUCUUCUAAGUGCGAAUGGCGUGAAGAAAUUAGGUUUGACUUACAUCUUAAAACCAAGUACGGUCAAAUCUACAAAUAUGAUAACAAUAGCGGGGGUGAUUUCUGGAUCUACCACGAUGAUGAGGAGGAGGAGGCUAAAAUCUUAAGUAGUGAUAUUAGCUCGGACCAUGUGUUCAUGCAAUGCGUCACUAACAGCUUGUUCAACAGACACCCUGAUGCAAUGGAGGCAUCAUUCUAUUUCAAAUUUAGAGUUUUUAAGAAUGGUGUUCUUCCGCAAAAUGAGAAUUGUGAUUUGAUUGUGAAAAGGAUUGGAGUUGGGUUGGUAUAUGCACGCAAAUGA